CGGCGGCCCCGCCCCCGGCUCCGCCCCGCCGGCUUCGCGGGCUGGAGAGCGAGGGAGCCGCGGGCGAGGGAUCGCAGGAUGAGCGAUCGCGGCCCGGGCAGCCGGCAGCGGACGCGCCCCCCGAGCCCACCGGCCCGCGCCCCGCGCGCCCCACGGCCCCGCGGCCCCGGUCCCGGCCGCGCCGCCCGCGUCCCCCGAGGCCUGCGGGCCAUGCCCGGCCGGCCCUGAACGCGGACCGGGGGGCGUCCCCUUGCGCCCGGGCCCCGCGCUGGCGCCCCCCGGGCCGCCGCCCGGCGCGGGGGCCAUGGCGUUCACCUUCGCCGCGUUCUGCUACAUGCUCACCCUGGUGCUGUGCGCCUCCCUCAUCUUCUUUGUCAUCUGGCACAUCAUAGCCUUUGACGAGCUGCGGACCGACUUCAAGAACCCCAUCGACCAGGGGAACCCAGCGCGGGCACGCGAGCGUUUAAAAAACAUCGAACGCAUCUGCUGCCUCCUGAGGAAGCUGGUGGUCCCGGAAUACUCCAUCCACGGCCUCUUCUGUCUGAUGUUUCUGUGCGCGGCAGAGUGGGUGACCCUGGGCCUCAACAUCCCGCUCCUCUUCUACCACCUCUGGAGGUACUUCCACCGCCCGGCGGACGGCUCUGAGGUCAUGUAUGAUGCGGUCUCCAUCAUGAAUGCUGACAUCCUCAACUACUGCCAGAAGGAGUCCUGGUGCAAACUCGCCUUCUACCUGCUCUCCUUCUUCUAUUACCUGUACAGUAUGGUUUAUACGUUGGUGAGUUUCUAAGGGGGAAGCCGGCCAGGGAGCAAGCCCAGAAUGGACCGGACGCCUGUGCACCCCCAGCCCUACCCCUCGGCCGCAGAGGCCUCAGCCCUGGGGAGGGAGGGGGCACUGGUGCCCCCAGCCUCCUCUCCACCCCUCCAAACUGCUGCUGCGGGGACCUCCCGCCUUCAGAGCCCCCUCCCCUUGGACCAGGGCUGGGCAGAGCUCUAAAUGGGGCAGGGGCUCCUCUGCCAGCCUGUAGGCAUGGCAGUCAGUCUUGGAAGGGGCGGAACCUCCGGCCUUGUCCACUUCUCGGGGGGAACAUGGACCCUGCCAAAGGGCAGGGCUUGACCCUGGAAGUUCUGGGCCGCCCCCCUCCACCCCCACCCUGAGGCUCCCCCUGCAGGUGGGGGGGUACCCGCACCGGGAAUGAGCAGGCUCAGCAGGGGGGCAGUCCCACCCCUAGUCUGCCCUCUCCCCUCCCCCAGGCUCUCUCCAGACCUCUCCCUUCCCCAUCCCCACUUGCCCCAAUCCCAGCCUGUCCUGUCUCUUGGACCCAUUUUCUAUGUUGCCUGGAGGAGUCCGGCACCCCCUCCCCGGCCAUUUGUGAGAAAAUAUGAAUAAACUACUGCAAACA